UCAUGGCAGCGCGCCGCAGACAGACUAGGACCUCGUCGCGCUCGCGUCCCUCUGGUCCUUGAGCCAGCGGGGACGGCGGAGCUAUGGCCUUGAGGCUGCUGAGACUCGUCCCGGCGUCGGCUUCCGCGCGCGGCCUCGCGGCCGGAGUCCAGCGCGUGGGACAAAUUCAUACCAGUGUGCAAAAACAGAUGAAGUAUGGAGCUUUGGCCUUCAUUCUUGGUGAUAAGACAACCAAAAAACUGAAUGAGUACAGCCGAGUGAUAACAGUAGAUGGGAACAUAUGUUCUGGGAAAAACAAGCUCGCCAAGGAGAUCGCAGAGAAACUAGGCAUGAAGCACUUUCCUGAAGCAGGCAUACAGUACUCGAGCAGCACCACAGGCGAUGGGAGGCCCCUCGACACGGAAUUCAGUGGCAGCUGUAGCCUAGAGAAAUUUUACGAUGACCCCAAAAGUAACGAUGGCAACAGCUACCGCCUGCAGUCCUGGCUGUAUGCCAGCCGCCUCCUCCAGUACUCAGAUGCCCUGGAACAUCUGUUGAGCACAGGACAAGGUGUGGUCUUGGAGCGCUCCAUCUACAGUGACUUUGUCUUCCUGGAAGCAAUGUACAACCAGGGCUUCAUCCGAAAGGAGUGUGUGGACCACUACAAUGAAGUGAAACGGCUCACUCUCCCAGAGUACCUGCCACCCCAUCUGGUCAUAUAUAUCGAUGUGCCCGUGCCGGAAAUAAAGAGCCGGAUCCAGAAGAAAGGAGAUCCACAUGAGAUGAAGAUCACCUCUGCCUAUCUCCAGGACAUCGAGAAUGCCUACAAAAACACCUUCCUCCCAGAGAUGAGUGAGCAGUGUGAGGUUUUGGUGUACAGUACCUGGGAAUCUGAAGACUCAACCAAGGUGGUAGAGGACAUUGAAUACCUUAACUACAACAAAGGGCCUUGGCUUAAACAGGAUGACCGAACCUUUCACCACCUGCGGAUGCUGGUUCAGGAUAAGAUGGACGUGCUGAAUUUCACGACCGUUCCUAUCUACCUCCCAGAAGUCACAAUUGGACCUCACCAGGGUUCCCGGAUCUACAAUAGCUUCAAAGAGCUGCCAGGCCGCAAGUACAACCCUGGGUACAAUGCCGAUGUGGGUGACAAGUGGAUCUGGCUGAAGUGAGUAGUCCCCUCUGCCUAGCUGCGUCACAGCCAACUCUGAACUUUACAAGACAACAGGAAAAAGCAGCGAUCAAGAAAUUGUUCCAAAAAAUGGUCUGACAAAAACAGUCUGCCCUGCGUCUAAACAGUUGAUGAAAGAUUCAACUUCCAUUGAAAAGGUCCUGGAAGCUUCCAGUUUUAUUUUGGAAUCAUCUGGGGAAGAAACAAAACAAUGCUGGUCUGCUCUGGAAGAGCAGCUCCCACUGGAAGCCCCACGUCCCCAAGUCCUUCAGUCCCCUCAACGUCAAGAAAUAAAGCCGGCUCUAUAGCUCCUC